AUGCCAAAUCGUGACGGCGGCGAGGGCGACACGGACGGAGCAGGCGACAAAGGCGAAUCCGACGGCGGAGGCGGCGACGGCGACACGGACGGAGGCGGCGAAAGCGAGACCGAUGGCGGCGACGGCGACGGCAAGCGAGCUUGCUGCGGGGAGGGCGAGACGGAGGAAGGCAGCGGCGACGGCGACACGGACGGAGGCGGCGACGGCGACACGGACGGAGGCGGCGAAGUAGACACGACCGACGGCGGCGGGGAGAGCGGUUCCAACGGCGGCGGCGGCGACGGCGACAAGGAGAAGGACAGAGGCGGCGAAAGCGAGACCGACGGCGGCGACGGCGACGGCGACAUGGAUUGA